AUGUCUGCCGAAUUACAACAGUUCAUCUUGUUACAGAGUCAGCAAAUACAAAGUCUGGUGGACGCAAUCGCCAAACAAGCGGCUAAUUCACCACCACACAAGGAACAAGCACAGGCAGCACCGCCUUUUCGUGCUUUUGAGGCAUCACGAGAAGAAUGGCAAGAAUAUUUCGCGCAGUUGCAGGCGCACAUGUCAGUCUACAAAAUCACAGAUUUGGUCCGCGGCGGGUUCCAGCCACGCCUUCCGACUUCGCUGCCGCCCCCAGGGCAGCAGCAGCAGCCGUCGCCGCUACCACGCCGACAGCCCGUCCCGUUGAUGCCUCCCGCGCAGCUUCAUCCGGGAGCGCCCCAGGUGGUCGCUCCGGCGCCUGCGGUCCCUCUUCAGUCGCCACCGCCUUCGGCGCUGAUGGACGUCGACCCCUCAGCCGGGCCGCCUUCCCAAGCGGUGGCUGUGCAGCCUGUCCUGCAGCCGCUUUCCUUGGGCACCCCCAAGGAGUCUGACACCGCAGCGCCUUGUCCGGCGCCCACUCAGCAGUCGUCGACGCAGCGUCAGGAGACGCUGCCUCUCUUCGUGGGUCCUGACGCCCCGUCGCGUCCAGUACCAGAAGCUGCGCCCGUGGUCACAGGCGUGCACCCUGACCUCGGUUUUCAGUCGGUGUUUCCCGAGGCCCCGCGCAGCCAAUGCUGGGGUGCGGACCGGGGACUGCCACCGACAACAGUCUCCGCCCCGCAGCUUUGUAUUAAUGAAACAUUAUCUGCCCACUUUGUUAGGAAGAAUAUUGGUCAGCUCAUGCUCAUUACUGUAUCAAUGUGGCAUAAACAGAUGAGUAACAUUUUCCACCGCCUACCUCACAGCACAUAUUACACUGGUACAGGUGAAACUUAUAAACAACCUGUAGUUAUUUCCCUUACUCAGAGGGAGUGA